CCAAAUAUUCCACUUCUCCAAGAAAUAUUUAGAGGUUUUGGGCUCAUAUCAUCAAGUGGGCAUAUAUGGAGGCAACAGAGAAAGUUUGCUUUAGCAACACUGAAAAGCAUUGCUGUACGUUUUGAGGAGAAAGUGCAAGAGGAGAGCCGGUACCUUGUGGAGACGAUUGAAGAGGAGAAAGGACAACCAUUUGACCCUCAUUACAAAAUUAAUAGCGCUGUUUCAAACAUCAUCUGUUCCAUAACUUUUGGGAACCGCUUUGACUACCAUGACAACCAUUUCCAGGAAUUACUGCACUCAUUGGCUGAAGUGCUGCUGCUCAUCGGAAGUUUCUGGGGCCAGCUAUAUAAUGCUUUUCCUUUGGUCAUGAGAUGGCUACCAGGACCAUUUAGGAAAAUCUUCAGACACUGGGAGAAACUCCAGUAUUUUGUGAAGGAAGUGAUCGCAAAGCACAAGGAGGAUUUGGACCAGUCCGAGGCAGAAGACUACAUUGGCUGUUACCUGAAGGAAAUAGAAAAGUUCAAGGGUGACACCAGCUCAUAUUUCCAUGAGGAAAACCUUCUGUGCUCCACCCUGGACCUCUUCUUAACCGGGACUGAGACGACGGCAACUGCCAUCCGCUGGGCUCUGCUCUAUAUGGCCACGUCCCUCCACAUUCAGGAGAAAGUGCAGCUUGAAAUUGACACGGUGAUUGGGCAGUCCCGCCAGCCCACCAUGGCUGACAAGGAGAACAUGCCGUACACUAGCGCAGUACUGAGUGAGGUCCUGCGGAUGGGCAACGUCGUGCCACUGGGGGUGCCCAGGAUGUCCACCAGUGACACCACCCUGGCUGGUUUCCAUCUGCCCAAAGGCACCACCCUGAUGACCAGCCUGACUUCAAUAAUGUUCGACAAAAAUGUGUGGGAGACUCCAGACACCUUUAAUCCUGAACAUUUCCUGGAAAAUGGCCAGUACAGGAGGCGGGAGGCUUUUCUGCCCUUCUCUGCAGGCAAACGGGCGUGUCCUGGGGAGCAGCUUGCCAGGACUGAGCUCUUCAUCUUCUUCACUGCCCUCCUGCAGAAGUUCACCUUCCAGGCUCCAGCUGAUGCUGAGCUGACCUUCGACUUCACACUCAGCCUCACGCGCUGCCCCAAGCCCUUCCAGAUCCAUGCACUGCCCCGUGACUGA